AAACAAUAAUGGCUCUCAACCGGAAACAAAAGAAUCACAAACAAUCAGACGCAAAUAAAUAAUUUUAUCAAAGUCUGAAACGUCACGCAAUUACAUGUGUAUAUUAAUUAAAAUACAGUUUAAUUUUAUACAAUGCAAUCGUUCUUCAAAAUCAUGGACAAAAUAUUUUACAAGUUUACAACGCGAUGUUCGUGGAUGAUAUUGGUUAGCGACAGAGUUGUGGACGUGUGUUGGUGUCGUCUGCCAAGAAUAUUCAAGAGAUCGGGGAAAAAAAUAUUUUGUUGAAAGCAUUUAAAUAUAUAUUGCUUUUAUGAACAUUUUAGAAUGAAGAAUCAAAAUGUUCACAAAUAUAAAAUCAAUGUGAAAACUUGAAGGUCUGUUAUGAAUUUUUAAUAAUAUUGGAUAUUUAUGUAAAACAGUUCUUAACUUCGUUUGAAAUAUUCUUUGAUUUACGCAUGUUGGUCAUAAAGUUGAUUUUAUAAUGGAAUCUCGUAUGGAUUUGGAAUCAGUGUCCCUUGAUUCAGAAUUCUGUGGAACACCACUUCACAGUAGUCUUAGUUUCAUAAGCGUCCAAAGUUUAUCAUCUGCUAGAGGAUCAACACCUCUUACAAAACGUAGAAAAGAUAGAACUUAUAUAGAAGAUGGUCGACGUUACUAUGACGCCACUAAACCGAUGGAGAAUGACUACGAGGUGCCAUUACACAGACUACAAUGUCUUCGUGGAUUACAGAACAGUGGCAUCCUGCAGAUAGGGAACAAAGAUACAGAUACGAAAACACGUCGUGUGUUAGAAGAUUAUUUCAAGACCUCUUCACAUUCAACAAGUUCGACAAAACCAAGGAAAGAGUUUCCUAGUUUGAGGUCAAGGUCAAAACCUUUUAGCAACUUGAAACAAAAACAAAUUGAGUUAUAUCUUCAGAACGAGCAAUACAGAGCUCAUAAUACAGACAUCGGUAGAAAAUCAGUGUCUUUUGCGAUCUCAGGAAAUAAACGGCCAAUCACAGAAAAUGUGAAAUUGAAAAGGCCAAUAACAGAAAAUGUAACAUUAAAGAGGCCACAAGUGACUGUUCUACAGCAAAAUAGUGAGAAAAGCAAAGUUGCCCGACCAUAUUCCGAUAAAUUGUUAUUACGCCGACCGGUAACUAAAACGUCACAGUCGUUAACGGUUGAUGAUGAUUUGUUCAUUAGUAUAGCAAGUUCAGUUCAGUUAAAACCAUUAAACUUUAAGUCUUCAAACGAUCAAUAUUUAUUUUAUACUCAAAAUUAUCCCCUGUUGUUGGACGCACAUGCAGAAGAAAAGAAAAUCAUUAAGAAACGAACACCAACACCGGAAACAAUGGAAGGUGCCGAUCUGAAACGUGCACUACAACUGAAUACCCGAAUGACAGAGUUAGAAUCAAGUUUAGAAACUUUAGACAAAGAAACAGAGGAUGUAGAUUUCAGGACAGUGCUACGAGAUGAUGUAUUUUAUCCAAAUAGAUGGCCUUGGAAUGAGAAGAAGUCCUCUGGUCAUGAUAUUGCAGAAUCUCCACUUGCUAAAUGA